GCGGCGGGGCCGAGCGCGGGUCCCGCCCCGCAGCGCCGGCCCUGCUCCGGCGGAGGUGAGCGCAGUGUCCGCCCCGAGGCCGCCGUCCCGUCGGUCCCCGCCGCCGAGGAGCGAGCGCCUGUGCGGGUCCCCGCAUGCGGCUGCCGCUGCUCCGCCCGCCUCUCCACCGCGUCCGUGCCUUGGGCCGCCCGCCCGAACGCGCCCUCAUGAACCUCCGGGAGCUCGUUUCUGCCCUGAAUGACUUCGCGUCCCCCUCUCUGGCUGAAAGCUGGGACAAUGUAGGAUUGCUGGUGGAACCAAGCCCUCCCCACACUGUGAACACCCUUUUGCUCACUAACGACCUCACUGAGGAGGUGAUGGAAGAGGCAGUGCAGAAGAAAGCGGACCUCGUUCUUUCUUACCACCCUCCUAUAUUCACACCGCUCAAGCGAGUAACGUGGAAAACCUGGAAGGAACGUCUGGUGGUCCGAGCCCUGGAGAACAGAAUCGGGAUUUAUUCUCCGCAUACGGCGUACGAUGCCGUACCUCACGGGGUUAAUAACUGGCUAACAAAGGGACUCGGUGCCUGUACUUCUGUCCCACUGCAUCCAUCAACUGCACCAAGCUCUCCAGCUGAGGGCACUCACCGGGUCGAGUUCUGUGCAGAUGCUGAGCAUCUGGAUGCAGUGCUGUCCAAAAUCAAAGGCAUCCCAGAGAUCUCUUGUCUCACAACUCUUCCAGCUAGGGUUGAAGGUGAGGAGCAAACACGAGUCAGCCUGACCUGCUCUCAGAAAGCACUGCUGGAGGUGGUGACAUUAUUGUCCCAGAACAGCCUUCUUUACCCCAAGACCGAGAUUCUCUUACUACAGAAGCCUCUCCUUCCCCAUACUGGAAUGGGGCGCCUGUGCACCCUGAGCGAGCCGCUCUCCUUGUCAGACAUCAUCCAGCGCGUCAAAGCUCACCUGCAGCUCCCGCACGUCCGCGUGGCCCUGGGAGCAGGCAGGACACUUGAAUCACCAGUUAAGAAAGCUGCUCUGUGUGCUGGUUCUGGGGGCAGUGUCCUGAAGGGCACGGAAGCUGACCUCUAUCUCACAGGAGAGAUGUCCCACCAUGAUGUGCUGGAUGCAGUUGCCAAUGGGAUAAGUGUUAUUCUGUGUGAGCACAGUAACACUGAGCGAGGCUUCCUGUCAGAGCUGCGUGACGCACUUGCCAUCUACCUGCAGAACAAAAUCAACAUCAUUGUGUCUGAGAAAGACAGAGAUCCUCUCCAGGUGGCAUAGGGGGAAAAAACUGGAGAGAGAGAGGCAAUUCAGUCAGUCAUGUUAUCCUGCACAGAUUUAUCCAACUGCAGAGCUUAGUGAAGGUGCUUUCAAUUAGUCUAUGAAGACUAGAGUCAAUGAAGGUGCAUUCAGUCACAGAAGGAUUGUAUUAUAUGGUCUCUCAAAGUAUAUUUUGUCGUGUCAGAAAAAUAAAUGUUUGUUUUGGAAUACCAAAGGCUCACUUACUCAAUUACUGGACUGUAUUUGAAUACAUUUACUGUUACUGCUUAAUGUUAUUAGAUACAGUCAAUAACCAUGAUACUUAAGGGUCGGUUUGAGUAAAAUAUAUAAAACCUGACUUAUCUCCACAUUUAAGCUUAUGCAGCAGUUCUACCCUACUACAGUUAUGUCAAAUCAUGUCACUGCAAGUUACUAAUAUUUUACCUAAUAAAUUUCAGAAGUAGUAGUUAAUGAAAGGAUGGAGAUCAACUGUUUGCAUUAAUAGCUGUACUAAGGCACCACUCAGAUGCAAAUAAAUAGAGAAAACAAAGCAAGUUGUUGGUACUAGCAGUCAAUUGCAAAAUCUACCACUAAUGCAGCUUUAAGGCUUUUCAAAAGAGGAACUCUCAAUUCAAAAAAAGCUUUGUAAGGUUGAAACUCAAGUCCUUAACAAAGCUAUAAAUUCAUGUGCCUUUGUUAUUUUCUUUUAAAAACAGUUUCUGUAACUGUGGCUUUUAAUUACUAAAAUCUGAACAAGCGGUAUUUUCACCACGGAUAAUGAGUUUUAUUUUCCAAGUUAGUUUUUUCUUUUGGGAUUUUUUUUAAGGAAAAAACAUCACAGUUGUAUACCAUCUCUGGAUGGUAAAUAUUUCAUUACAGAUUUAUAAAGAUGUUAUCUCUAUCCUUUUAAGUUAAUAAAAGUGGCUCAUCAA